AUGCCGAAAGCAGGAAGUAUCAUCAACCCUGUCAGCGACGUAUGGAAGUAUGACCCUGACAAACAUAUCCCGAACCUGAAAGACAAGGUCAUUGUUGUCACUGGCGGCAACAGCGGAACGGGCAAAGCCUGCGUGAUCGAGCUCGCGAAACACACGCCAAAGCGCAUUUUCCUCUCUGCGCGAUCCAAAGCAAAGUUCGAAGAUGCCGUGAAAGACGUGAAGGCCGUCGCACCAGACGCAGUUGUCGAGUUCCUCGAACUCGACCUCGCGUCCUUCGCGUCUGUGAAGCACGCUGCCGAAGCCAUCAAAGCCUCCACCGAAAGCUUGGACAUCCUUGUCAACAACGCCGGCAUCAUGGGUCUGCCACCUGGAUUGACUAAAGAAGGAUACGAGCUCCACUUCGGGACAAACCACAUGGGCCCAGCGCUCUUGACCAAACUCCUCCUCCCAUUGCUCCUCAGUACCGCGCAGCAGCCAGGCGCAGAUGUACGUAUCGUGAAUUUGACGUCCAUGGGACACACCAACACUCCGAAAGGGGGCAUUGACUUUGAGACUGUCAAGACGGAACUCAGUGACCGCCACUCCUUCGUCCGUUACGGACAGUCUAAGCUCGCGAACAUUCUUCACGCAAGGGAGCUAGCCCAACGUUAUCCAUCCAUUACAUCUGUCUCCGUGCACCCGGGCCGUGUGGCAACGCAGCUCCUCGAUGAUAUGUAUGGUCGACGCACGGUGGUUGGGUCACUUAUGCAGGUGUAUGAUAAGAUUGCAAGUCCCUUGACCCCGCAGCAAGGUGCCUAUACCCAGUUGUGGGCCGCCACGUGGUCGAAGAAGGAGGACGUCGUCAAUGGUGCGUAUUUCGAGCCAUUUGGGAAGCUGGCACAAGGUACCAAGGAUGCGAGAGAUUUGGAACUCGCCAAGAAGCUCUGGAUUUGGCAGGAGGGAGAAUUCGAAAAUCAUGGCUUCUGA